UGUUAGGCAGAGUGCACUGGGCAGGGCAAGGGAGGAGGAGAGGAGAGAGAGGGGGGGAAGAGGAGUGAUGAAGCCAGCGUUCCACUCAGUGCUCAGACAUGACUGAGCCAGAGAAUCUGUGACUGCUCUCUGCACCACAGGGAGAGAGAAAGAGAGAGAGAGUCCUGCUACUGCUGCUGCUCUCUGCACCAGACAAACAGACACAACAAGACACACAGUUUCUGUUCUCACCAGCCAGCCCAGCAGCCAGCACUCUGUCUGAGCCUCUGCCCUGACCACUGCCCUCUCCCUGUCAGCAAAACACUUUCUACAGAAGAGAGAGAAAGAGGAAGAAGAAAGAGAAAUAGCCCUGUUGACUCUUUCCUGUCCAUCCAUCUGACUGAACCCAAGGUGGCAGAGAGGGAGAAGUGGAGAAGGCGGCGCCCCCCAUCAGGAAGAACAGCGGUCAAUAAAGGACACUGGUAGCUCCACCUCCGCAUCUGAGUCAGAACCCCUGUCUGCACCGUGUGUCCCCUAGGAGCCUCUACAGGACAUUGUCACAGUACACACACCAGAACCAAGGGAGCCUGCCAGACACAGCAGGGAGCUAGAAAGCAGCAGCACUGCAGAGGAUUUGGUUAAAGCUAGACAGAGGAGCAACCCCAGGGUGCUGAAGAGAAUAAGGAUUUAAGGUGGGGUAACUGGCAGUGUUGUAACAGACCUGUGCCUCACUCAGAGGCACUCUACUCUCUUUGCCUCUCUGCUGUGCUGUGGGACAUGUGGGCGGGCUGGAGGGCUAAGGAGGCACUGAGUGGAAUCCACCGUGGAAAAUGCCCUGCCGAGAGUUAGAUAGUGCUUGGGUCUGUCUGUGAGGAUCUAAGUGCACGUGUGGAGGGGGAGGAGGGGGACUCGGCGUGGAUACGUCUCCUCUGCUCUCUAUUGCUACUCCGUCCCUCCGUCUCCUUCCUUCAUUCCCUCGCUCUCUCGCUCUCUCUCCCUCCACCUCCGCCCCUCCUCUCCUGCUCCCCCCUGCGGGCAGAGUGUAAAGCCAUGGACCGAGGCUGAGUGGAUGCUGCUGCCUGACACGGUGUUUGUGAGGCGGCUGCCGUCCGUUCCUGAACCCCCCUGGUUCCCUUCAUGCCGUGCUGUGGGCUGGGCCAUCGCCGGAGAGCACAGCUUCCAUACGGUUCGGCGGACUCCUACACCAGCCGUCCAUCAGACUCCGAUGUUUCCCUGGAGGAGGAUAAGGAGGCAGUGCGACGAGAGGCAGAGCGGCAGGCUCAGGCACAGCUCGAGAAGGCCAAGACUAAACCAGUUGCGUUUGCUGUCCGCACAAAUGUCAACUACUGCGCCACCAAUGAUGAUGGCGUCCCCGUGCCGGGCAUGGCCAUCUCCUUUGAAGCUAAAGACUUCCUCCACGUCAAAGAGAAAUUUAAUAAUGACUGGUGGAUAGGUCGUCUGGUGAAGGAAGGCUGUGAAAUCGGUUUCAUCCCCAGUCCUGUGAAGAUCGAGAACACUCGGGUACAACACGAGCAGAGAGCCAAACAGGGCAAGUUCCACUCCAGUAAAUCGGGAGCAAACUCCUCUACCAGUUUAGGUGAAGUGGUUCCUAACUCGCGGAAAUCCACCCCCCCUUCCUCUGCCGUUGACAUAGACGCCACAGGCUUAGACCCCGAGGACAAUGAGCUUCCAGUCCACCUUCGCUCCUCUAAAGUCAGUCAGCCAAAUACUGUCAUGUCACCCACCCUAGCCAAAGACAAACGAAUGCCCUUCUUUAAGAAGACGGAACACAUUCCUCCAUACGACGUUGUGCCUUCCAUGCGACCUGUGGUCCUGGUUGGACCGUCACUGAAGGGCUAUGAGGUGACAGAUAUGAUGCAAAAAGCAUUGUUUGACUUUUUGAAACACAGAUUUGAGGGAAGAAUAUCAAUCACUCGAGUCACUGCAGACAUCUCUCUUGCCAAACGCUCUGUCCUCAACAACCCUAGUAAACACGCCAUCAUCGAGCGAUCCAACACACGCUCCAACCUUGUAGCUGAAGUGCAGAGUGAGAUAGAGCGUAUCUUUGAACUGGCUCGAACCUUACAGCUGGUGGUUCUGGACGCAGACACCAUCAACCACCCGGCCCAACUGGGCAAGACAUCCCUGGCUCCUAUCAUCGUCUACGUCAAGAUCUCCUCUCCUAAGGUCCUGCAGAGGCUCAUCAAGUCCAGAGGGAAGUCCCAGGCUAAGCACCUCAACGUCCAGAUGGUUGCCGCAGACAAACUGGCCCAAUGCCCUGCCGAGAUGUUUGACAUCAUCCUUGAUGAGAACCAACUGGAGGAUGCAUGUGAGCACAUGGCUGAUUACCUGGAGGCCUACUGGAAGAGCACCCACCCCGCCAGCUGCAACCCCCCCAACCCGCUGCUGGCCAAGCUGGCCACAGCCGCCCUGCCCUCCAGCCCCGCUCCCGUCUCCAGCAUGCAGGGCAGCGGGGCAGAGGAGAAAGCAGGGGACAAGGCAGGACAAGGUGGGGAGAGGAAGGGCUCCAGAGAGGACCACCAGCACCACCAUCACCACCACCACAGCCAGCAUCAGAGCCAGGAGCAGCCAGAUGGGGAGGGAGAGGAGGAGGAGGAGGAGAGGGAGGAGGAGGAGGAGGAGAGGCCCCUAAGGACAGAGUCUUCCAGGAGACCCCAGCACAUCCACCACCGCUCCUCCUCCCAGCGAACUGAGCAGCACCACAACCACCACCACCAUCAUCAUGGUGGUGGUGGUGGUGGCCGGGGCAAGGGUCUCUCCCGGGGGGAGACACAGGACUCAGAGACCCCAGAGAGCCGGGAGAGCAGAGAAAGCAGAGACUCAGCGUACAUAGAGCCCCUGUCUCAGCUCCUACACCAGGAGGAGGAGGAUGAUUUUGGAGAGGAGUAUGACGAGGAGGGGCUUGGAGAGGGGGGGCACCCCCAGCAGCUGCAGCAGGGGCGCUACGAGGCCCAGCCCCAACCCAGGGACCAUCAUCAUCACCACCACCAUCACCGCGCUGGCGAGGAGGCGGGCCACGGCACAACAGGACACCACCGUUCUAAGGAGCGUAACGAGCAGGACCACAACGAGCGCAACAAGCCGCGCGGUCACCACCACCAUCAACGACCGGCUCGCAACCACCACCACCAGUGCUAUGACCGGGACAGGGAGGGGAAUGUGGCCCUCAAAAAGAGGGGUGACACAGAGGACUGGGCCAGAGACCCCUAUAUUCACCAGUGACAGCCUAGCCCCGAGACCCCAACCCCCACACACUGAGACAGUGGUAGGACUCACCCCCCCCCUCUCUGAAACCGUUCUGUUGUCCCAUCUUGCUGCUACACCCGUUUAUGUAUGCUUCCUUUGUAAAGGCCGUUGCAUCCUUAGCAAUGGCAGUAUUUUUAUUAUAUAUAGUAAAUAAAUAUAUGUGUGUGUGUGUGUGUGUGUGUGUGUGUGUGUGUAUCGAUACAUAGACAUUGUCGUUUAUGUGUGGAUAUGCGUGGAUCUUCUCAAAUAUGCAUAUUUUAAACCUGUGUUUGAUGAAGCAUGACACAACAGCAGAAUUAUCUUCUGUACUGAGCUGUGCUUUCUGUGACUAGCAUUUAAAAAAAGUAUUUCAAUAUUUGUCAGGGUUUUUUAUUUAUUUUUUGUAUGCUGCCACUUAAAGAAGAAUUUGUUCAUUCAGACUACUGUUAGCAAUGACUGAGAAGUGGGAAACCAGGUAACUGGGUUAAAUGCUAUAUAUUUGCAAUUGUUUUUGUUUAAUUUAAUUGUUCUUGUUUUCUUGCUUGCAUUUCAAAAAAUUCUGCAUUGUUCAUUUUCGGUGUUUGGUCCUCUGAUGUUGAUGCUGCCUCUCCAUUGGGCACACCUUAGUCUGGCCUUACAAGACAAAAAUAAUAGUGACAUGACAUUACAGUACUGUUGUUCAAUUUAUAAAGGGUCCAGAAACAUUUUGUAACAUUGAUACACACUCUGUUUAGCACUUUUAGUACAACAUACUGUAGACUGAUUCACAUUGUUGGUGUCAGAUGUACAACUAUUUUAUAUUUUAGAGUAUAGUUAUCGGGUAAAAUCAAUCCACUUUAUUCCAUGAUGGUAUGUCUUUUUAAGUGUAACCCUUUUUAAGGACAGUUCCAUGCACUUAGUACAGUCCAAUUAGCUAUAAAUGUGCGUUAUGAAGUACCCCAAACAUAUUUCCUUGAAUUAUAUUUAUUUUGAUGUCUAAUUGAAAAUCAAUCACAACCACUGAGUGAAAUCAACUGGAUGCUAAAGGUUAGCCUUUCUGCUAGGCUAUGGUGCUCAAGAACAGUUGUAGUAACCUAGUUAUAACAUAGCUCCAGUCCAGGGCGUUACAUGUGGCUUUCUAACGCUGAGCCUCAGUGUCAGCAAGCCCCACAUAACGCACUGGACAAGAGCUAGUUAUAUGGUUUGCAUUGAUGAUGAGGUUAGGGCUGAGUCCUUACUUGAGGAAAUGUGUCUGAUUUAGGUGAAUGUCUGAGUUAUAAGAAUUAGAUCCCUAGUGAGGUUUCUUAGUUCAGGCUGCCCUCUGUAAGGAGGUUAGGGGUAUGUGCCCCAAAUGUCACUCUGCUCCCUAUAUAUAGUGCAUUACUUUUGACCAGGGCCCACAGAGAUCUACUCAAAAGUAGUGCACUAUUUAGGGAAUAGGGUACAAUUUGAGAUGCAUCUGAGGUCACAUACUCUGGCCCUCUGUUUACAUUACCACCAACCAGCCAGUCCCCUAGAACAUCUUUCAGUUUUUGGUUUUAUUUUUGCCUAAAAUAUUAUGAUUAUCCAUUUAUAUGCUACUUUAGUAGCACUACACAUUUUUAAGAGUGUACAUUUGUAUGUACAUAUGUAUAAAUACAAAAAAUAAACUUGGCAACAAAGAAUUGAUGUACAAGAAAA